AUGGAAAUAAGAAUCACAUCUAUCUAUCUAUCUAUCUAUCUAUCUAUCUGUUUGUUCGUAUCUAUCUAUCUUUUUUACUAUCAAUCUUUGCUUACAACUCUCUAUCUCCUGUUCAUUCUUUCUUUCUAUCAGUUUGUUCAUAUCUAUCUAUCUAUCUAUCUAUCUAUCUAUCUAUCUAUCUAUCUAUCAGUUUGUUCGUAUCUAUCUAUCUUUUUUAAUAUCAAUCUUUGCUUACACCUAUCUGUACUCAUAACUAUAUUUGCUGACAUCUAUCUAUCUAUCUAUCUCAGCCUGUUCUUUCUUUCUUUCUUUCUUUCUUUUUUUCAGUUUGUUCAUAUCUAUCUAUCUAUCUAUCUAUCUAUCUAUCUAUCUAUCUAUCAGUUUGUUCGUAUCUAUCUAUCUUUUUUAAUAUCAAUCUUUGCUUACACCUGUCUAUCUUUUGUUCGUAUCUAUCUAUCUUUUUUAAUAUCAAUCUUUGCUUACACCUAUCUAUCUGUACUCAUAACUAUAUUUGCUGACAUCUAUCUAUCUAUCUAUCUAUCUAUCUAUCUAUCUAUCUAUCUAUCUCAGCCUGUUCUUUCUUUCUUUCUUUCAUUCUUUUUUCAGUUUGUUCAUAUCUAUCUAUCUAUCUAUCUAUCUAUCUAUCUAUCUAUGCCUUUUCCUCUCGCGUCUCCACGUUUCUUUCUUUCUUCACUAGUUUUUCCUCUAUUACUUUUUAUGUUAUUCGCUUCUUUCUUUGCGAAAAUGGAAGAAAUUUAA